GUCAACAAGGUGCGUGUUUUGUGGUGACAGACGUCCAGCGACAUCCAGGAGGCAUGUCCAGCGACAGUGACACCGCGGAUGAGGCUGUGCGGGGUACCUGCGAUGAUGCUUCCAUAUGUAAGAGGUUCGCCGUGAGCGUUGGGUAUUGGAAAGAUCCCUACAUGCAGUAUUUUGUCAGGCAGGCCAAAGAACGCAAGGCGCCUGAGAUCAACAGAGGGUACUAUGCUCGGGUCCAAGGGGUCAGUCAGCUACUCUAUGCCUUUUUGAAAAGGACUGAAUGCAAUUGCCAAGUCAUUAACCUCGGAGCUGGGCUAGACACAACAUUCUGGAGGUUAAAGGAUGAAAACCUCCUCCCUAAGAAAUAUUUUGAAGUGGAUUUUCCUGCAAUAGUUUCUCGAAAGCUUUACAACAUAAAGUCCAAACCUCCUCUUUCCAAGCCAAUAAUGGAAACCCACAAUGGAGACUCCCUGCUAAUAGAUGCUUACAGCCUACACUCCUCACGAUACUCCAUCAUUGGGGGAGAUCUGAGAAACCUGAAGGACAUGGAGGAGAAGCUAAAGAAAGCUGGCAUGGACCCACAGCUGCCAACGUUGUUCGUGGCAGAGUGUGUGCUGAUUUACAUGACCCCCGAAAAGUCCGCCAACCUCCUGAGGUGGGCAGCAGAGACCUUCCCCACCGCCAUGUUUGUAAGCUACGAACAGGUCAACAUGGCGGACCGCUUUGGGCAGAUCAUGGUAGAAAACCUGCAGAGGAGACAAUGUAACCUGGCGGGUGUGGAGGCCUGCCAGUCACUGCAGUCUCAGAUGGAUCGAUUGCUGUCUAACGGAUGGGAAGCAGCAAAUGCCUGGGAUAUGAUCCGGGUAUACAGCAAUCUACCCCAGAAUGAUGUAGCACGGAUUGAGAAACUGGAAUUUCUAGACGAGAAGGAAUUGCUGGAACAGCUGCUUCUCCAUUAUUGUAUCAGCUGGGGUACAAAGGACUCAUUACACUUAGGUCUGUCGGAAAUCACAUUUUGACAGUACAGAAAAAGUCGACCCGGCCGUGAUAUUCCCAUCACACUGACUAACACAAACCAUUACAUUUGGCAAACACCAGGCAUUUGGCUUUCAAUCUUCCCAGCCAGACCUAACAAGAGAGCAAUCUUCCUGAUGCUACAAGCUUUGCGAGCCGUUUCCAGAGUAUGAAAUAAAUCUCCUCCAGUGUGUGUGUGGA